UACUGAAAGUAGGAUCCCUUACGAGGAGGCAAUCCCUGAGCGCAAAGCAGUAGAGGACAGGAGCAGACCGCUUAUAUGGUUCAAACUUACUUUUAAUAUGACCUUAUCCUCUAGAACAUGUGACUGCUCUUCUAAAGAAUUGCAAUGUUUGUGGUCUGCCUCCGAAGAACAGGAGGAACUGAAGUACACGUGAGAGGAAAAACAGCUGUAGAGCCAGAACACUGUCACAUCUGACUCUGUGAAUUAAAGAGUUCAUUUUGACCAGUUUGACGACAGGGAAUACAGUAACAAGGUGAUGUACAGGGGCUCCAACCAGGACUCUGACUCCGGGGACAACAAAGACGCAGUCGGGACAGGAGAAGCGUCAAGUGGGAGAGGAGCAAGAGGGAGGUGCGACCGAAGAGAUUCUCAGCCCUAUCAGACUCUCAAAUACUCAUCUAAGAGCCAUCCAGGAGGUGACCACCGACAUGAAAAGAUGCGAGACUCCUCAGAUGUCACCCCUCCUUGUAAAAUGCUCAGGAGGUCUGACAGCCCUGAAAACAAACACAUGGACAGCACAGGGCACAGCAGAGCAAAGGCUGUCCACACACACCGGGCCAGAGACAGGGAUGGAGGGACCAGUUAUUCACCACAAGAAAAUUCUCACAACCACAGUUCCCUUCAUAGCUCCAACUCACAUUCUAACCCCAGCAAGACCUCAGACACACCUUAUGAACCUGGGGACGAUUGGUCGGAGCACAUCAGCUCAUCUGGAAAGAAAUACUAUUACAACUGCAGGACAGAGGUGUCCCAGUGGGAGAAGCCCAAAGAAUGGCUGGAGAGAGAACAGAGGCAAAAAGAGGCAACAAAGACUGCGGUUGUCAACAGUUUCCCCAAAGACAGGGACUAUAGAAGGGAGGCCAUGCAAGCAUCGGCAGCCCCUGGCUUUACUGGUGCUAAGUCUGUCCAGGUAGAGAAGCCAUCAGCGACCCUUGCCUCCCAGUCAUCAUCCUCAGGCUCAGGGAGCUUGAACCCCUCAUCAGGGCCCCCCGGAUCAUCUGCCUCCACAGUGCCUGUGUCCCCAGUCCUGCAGUCUCCCGCCCCUCCACUACUUCAGGACCCCACCUUGCUUCGCCAGCUUCUCCCAGCACUUCAGACCGCCCUGCAGCUAAACAAUGCCAGUGUGGACAUGGCGAAAAUAAACGAAGUUCUCACAGCUGCUGUCACACAAGCUUCAUUACAGUCGAUGCUCCAUAAGAUCCUCACUGCUGGACCAUCGGCUUUCAAUAUCACUACUAUCCUCUCUCAAGCUGCUCAACUCUCCAACCAAGCUCAGCAAUCGAACCAGUCACCUAUGUCGUUAACAUCGGACGCCUCAUCGCCCAGGUCUUAUGUUUCUCCAAGGAUCAGCACACCACAGACCAACGCUGGUCCUCUCAAACCCCUCCUCAGCACACAGCCUGUCAUCUCACAGACAAAAGUGAGCACGUCAUCAGUGAAGCAGGCAUCUCAUCCCCAGCCCUCGUCCCAGCAGCCCCUCUCCAGCGACAAGCAGCACAGUCACGAUGCCACCACGGCCUCCCCGCGCACCCUCCACCGCCAAGGCAGUCAGAGGAGUCCCUCCCCGGGUCCCAACCACGUCGCCUCCAGCAGCAGCAACGCCCCCAACUCUGCCUCCGCUCCCCCCGCCGCCUCAUCAUCCCGGCCCUCCUGCUCCUUCACUCCCACCCUCGCUGCCCACUUCAAUGAGAAUCUUAUCAAACAUGUACAGGGUUGGCCUGCUGAACACGCAGAGAAACAGGCAUCGAGACUACGUGAAGAGGCUCACACCAUGGGGAGCAUCUGUAUGUCUGAGAACUGCACCGAGCUCAAAAACCUCCGGUCCUUGGUCAGAGUCUGUGAAAUACAAGCAACAUUGCGUGAGCAGAGGAUACUGUUUCUGAGACAGCAAAUCAAAGAACUUGAAAAGUUGAAGAAUCAGAAUUCUUUCAUGGUCUGAGAACUUCUGGUUGCGAUUGGAAGCGGGUGUUUGGGAAGGGAGGGGGGGGGGGGA